AUGCCUCAAAACCCAUCCAGCUUCCCCCAAUUCUGGGUUUUCUGGGACCUCCCCAUAGAAAUCCGUCUCAAAAUAUGGACUCAUCUCAUUCCACCCCCUCGAAUCGUCCAACUAGCCACCCUCCCAAACCGAGACAACGCGCCCCUCGUCUCCCUCACCAAACCACCCAUCCUCUUCUCCAUCAACCACGAAACGCGCACUCUCGCCCUCUCAACCUACAGCUUCCUUCCCAUCCCGCACAUGCGCAUCCCCGUCUCCAGAACCAAAGAUACCGUCUACAUAACCGUGGCGCAGGUCCGCUCUCAUCGUGAAUCUCAGGAUGACAAUCACAUUGCCGCUGUUCUGUCUCUUGUUUCCUAUUUUCCCAUCACCUCUUUGGGUUUCACGGCGGUGUGUUGGGGUAGGAUGUGCGAAUUGCAUAAUCUUAUUUCGAUUCUAGCAGGUAUGCCCCAUUUGCGAGAGGUAUUGAAGGUUAUUGAGUAUGGAAGGGACUUUAAGGGCGAGUUGGGGCUUCUGGAUAUACCAGAAUGGAGGCAGGACUGGAGAAUGAUGGCGAGCCAGAUAGAGGCGGACAUUAGAGAACAGAGGAAUAAGUUGAUUAUCGCAGGAAGCAAGAUGGGAGACGUGAAGAUGAGAUAUGUGUAUUUGACAAAAGGGGAUGAGAUGACUUGA